AAGUGACCAUAUCACAAGAAGCAUGACCAUGAUUGGCACCAAUUGGCUCCCUUAUUGGUAAUCUCAGCAGAAUUCCUCUGAAUUCCUCUCUUAACCAAAGCAGUGGUUGGUCUGUCCAGAUCAGGGAUGAGGCACACAGGCCGAGAGGAGCAGUGAGUAGAAAGCGUAUACUGCUGCUGUACCUGCCCUGGUAAUACAGGAUGGCAGCCGGCACCUUCACUUAAAAGAAAAAGAAAGCAACUCAUUUUCUAACUGGUGAAGAGUCAUAACUGAAGCCAGACUAAGCUCCACGUAGUUUAUCAGGUGGCAGUAUUAAUGUCACUGGGUUCCCUGCAGCCUGCUGGCCAUGUCUUCCAUCCUUGGAAAGAUGAGGAAACUUGGCAGUUCUGAUGUGGAGGACUCUGAAGUCACAGACGAGCACACAGAUGGUGAGGAUUCCAGUCUGGGAACCCUUGAAAGCCUUCAGGGAAGCCAGAGCACAAAGGUACAGCAGGUGCCCAAAAGCAACAUCUUCGCUAGACGAGGCCGCUUUGGGAUGGGGGAUAGCGAUAAGAACAUGGCGCCCAUGGACUCCUUGUACCAGAUGGACCACAUGGGGUCUGCUCCUGUCAUCAAGUUUAAUAUCAAUAUGGAAAGGGCAAAAAUACACAAUCAAUUUGCCAAGCUCCUAUGUACCAAUUCCAUUGCAAGCUGCUCAGAAAAAGCUUUCAAGUUCUAUGAUUGCAGAAGGAUCUUCGAUGCUGUGGCCCAAGGUGACACAAGUGAUCUGAAUGACCUGCAGACCUAUCUCCAUGAGACGCGGAAGCAUCUCACAGACAAUGAGUUCAAAGAGCCGGAAACUGGGAAAACCUGCUUAUUGAAAGCCAUGCUGAAUCUGCAUGAUGGGAAGAAUGAUACCAUUCCCCUGCUUCUGGAAACUGCGGAGAAGACAGGCAAUCUGAAAGAGUUAGUUAAUGCAGAAUAUACUGACAACUACUAUAAGGGUCAGACCGCUCUCCAUAUUGCCAUCGAGAGGAGGAAUAUGUACUUGGUGAAGCUCUUGGUCCAAAAUGGAGCAGACGUUCAUGCGAGAGCCCACGGGGAGUUCUUCAGAAAAAUCAAAGGGAAACCUGGCUUUUAUUUUGGUGAACUGCCUCUUUCCCUGGCUGCCUGCACCAACCAGCUAGGCAUCGUGAAAUUCCUCCUCGAGAAUCGGUAUCAUCCAGCCAAUAUAGCUGGCCAGGACUCUAUGGGCAAUACAGUUCUGCACGCCCUUGUGGAGAUUGCAGAUAACACCAAAGAUAACACCAAGUUUGUAACAAAGGUGUAUAACAACAUUUUGAUCCUUGGUGCCAAAAUUAACCCGAUGCUGAAGCUGGAAGAGAUCACUAACAAGAAAGGACUGACUCCUUUAACCCUGGCUGCAAAGAAAGGGAAGAUAGGGAUUUUCGCCUAUAUCCUUAGACGAGAGAUCAAAGAGCCUGAGUGUAGGCAUUUGUCUAGGAAGUUCACCGAAUGGGCCUAUGGACCCGUCCACUCAUCUCUUUAUGACCUGUCCUCCAUAGACACGUGUGAGAAAAACUCAGUGCUUGAGAUCAUUGCGUAUAGCAGCAAAACACCAAAUCGCCAUGAGAUGCUGCUGGUAGAGCCCCUGAACAGGCUGCUGCAGGACAAGUGGGACCGAUUCGUCAAACGCCUAUUUUACUUCAAUUUCUUUGUUUAUGCUAUGCAUAUUAUCAUACUCACCAUGGCCGCCUACUUCAGACCUGUGGAGAAACAUGAAAAGCCUCCCUUCAAAUUUGAAUACACCACCGAGGAGUGUUUUCGUGUCAUUGGAGAGAUCCUGAGUGUGCUGGGAGGUCUCUAUUUCUUUUUCAGAGGGAUACAAUAUUUCGUGCAGAGGCGGCCCUCAUUGAAGACUCUGCUAGCUGACAGUUACAGUGAGGUUCUUUUCUUUGUUCACUCGCUGUUCCUGUUGAGUUCAGUGGUGCUGUACUUCUGUGGCCAGGAACUCUAUGUGGCAUCCAUGGUGUUCUCCUUGGCACUGGGAUGGGCUAACAUGCUGUACUACACCCGAGGCUUCCAGCAGAUGGGGAUUUACUCUGUCAUGAUUGAGAAGAUGAUCCUGAGGGAUUUAUGUCGCUUCAUGUUUGUCUACCUAGUAUUUCUCUUGGGAUUUUCUACAGCUGUGGUGACUCUGAUUGAAGAUGACUAUGAGGGACAUGAAAAUGACAGCUGUCUCUGCACCCGAUCAGGCCAGCUGAAGUGUGGCCGCACAUCAUACAACAGUCUGUAUUACACCUGCCUGGAGCUGUUUAAGUUCACCAUUGGCAUGGGAGAUCUAGAGUUCACUGAGAACUACAGGUUUAAGUCUGUCUUUGUCAUCCUGUUGGUCCUCUACGUCAUCCUCACCUACAUUCUCCUGCUCAACAUGCUGAUUGCGCUGAUGGGGGAAACUGUGAACAAGAUCGCACAAGAGAGUAAGAGCAUCUGGAAACUCCAGAGAGCCAUCACCAUCUUGAAUAUCGAAAACAGCUACCUGAACUGCAUGAUAAGCUCAUUCCGAUCCGGGAAGCGAGUCUUAGUGGGAACCACACCUGAUGACAAGGAUGAUUACAGAUGGUGUUUCAGAGUCGAUGAGGUGAACUGGUCCACGUGGAACACUAAUCUGGGUAUAAUCAACGAGGAGCCUGGAUACAGCAUGGGCUUGAAGCGAAACUCAAGUUUUUCUUUUAAGUCUAGCAGAGUUUCAGGGAAAAACUGGAAGACCUUGGUUCCACUUUUGAGAGAUGGGAGCAGGCGAGAGGAGGCACAGAAACAGCCAGAAGAAGCCAAGUUAAAACCCAUUUUGGAACAUGAUUAUGAGCCUGACGACUCUGGGGCAAGGAAGUCUGUUUAG